AGCAUCUCUACUGCCUUUGCCAUGUUGACUCUGGGUGCCAGAUCAGAUACUCUGACACAGAUUCUUAGGGUCCUUAGCUUUAACCCACGUGAGAUUUCAGAAAAUGAAAUACUUGAAGGUUAUCGUCAACUCAUGCAAAUGGUAAACAGGAAGAAUGCGGGGUUACAGCUGAAUAUGGGAAAUGUCCUGUUUGUGCUUGACCGACUGAAGCCACAAGACAAAUUUUUAAAUAAUCUCAGAAACUUCUUUGAAGGAGAAGCUUAUCCUAUGAACUUCAAGAGGGCUGAUCAAGCCCAGGUAAAGAUCAACGAAUAUGUAGCAGAAAGAACCAAUGGGAAAAUCAAGGACCUCAUAAAUAAUCUUGAUCCACUUACUGAAAUUCUCCUUAUUAGCUAUAUUUAUUUUAACGCUGAAUGGGAAAAACCUUUCGAUCCAAAAUACACUAAAAAGAACAAAUUCUUCGUGGAUGGGAAGAAGGCUGUUGAAGUCCCGAUGAUGUUUGGAAUGGGCCUGUUCAAGCAUGGCUAUGAUGAACAGCUGUCGUCCACUGUGGUGCAAAUGGAUUACAAAGGAGGUGCUUCGGCAUUUUUUGUUCUGCCUGAUAAAGGAAGAAUGAGGAAGCUAGAGAAAAAUUUGUCGUGUGAACGUAUGUCAAGGUGGAGGACAUUAGUCUCAAAAAGCUCAGCAAAUAUUUAUCUUCCGAAAUUCACUCUUUACGGGACAUAUAACCUAAAAAAUAUAUUAUAUAAAAUGGGCAUCAUGGAUGUAUUCACUGAUAAGGCUGACCUGUCUGGGAUCACUGGGCAGCCCCAGCACAGAGUUUCCCAGGCUAUUCAUAAGGCUGUGGUAAACGUGGAUGAGACUGGAACCGAAGCAGCAGCUGCCACAGGCAUGGAAAUAGUGCCUAUGUCUGUUCCGAUUACCAUUAACUUCAACAGGCCCUUCCUAAUGGUCAUAACUAUGGAGAACAAGAUACUCUUCAUGGGAAAAAUUGUGAACCCUCUGAAAAAAGAUUGAGUUGAUGUGCAUAUGAGGUAUGCGGUGAUCACCGCUGCUGAAUCAAGUGUUUGACCUGAUGAGUAUGGCAUGGCUACAGAGGGCUCUCCACCUCUUACCUGAUGAUGUUAUUCACUGUUUUUUGUAGAUGAGACUCUUCAUCGAUUUAAAUUGUCAUAGUUGCAUGUUUGUUUGGGCCUUGGUUUUUUUUUAAUUUUUUUUUUUUUUUUAAGAAGGUUGCAUUCAGGCAGAACUGUCAUUAGAUCUGGGGCAAAAUGGGCCUGUGUGAUAUUGACAGCAUAGAAACAUCUUCUAGCAGGGAAGAUGAGGAGCAUGUGGGUGGAGAGGGUUGCGUAAGCCUGCUUCUUCCCUCACAGCUGCCUUCUCACCUUUUUUUUGCGUUGACUGACAAAUGGGUACAAGUUACAGCACUUUACUACUUGUGCCCAUUUUCCUACCAACAUGAAGUUCAUACCUAGCAUAGAUCUUGACAUGCAUAAUGUUUACUACCUUGCAUAGUACCAUUGUUGUCCAGUGAGUCUAUUACACCCUUGCCUUUCAGCUGUUGUCCCAGCUAGGCUGCUGCAAAGGGGUCACAGAGAAGGUGUGUUUUUACCCUGCAGAUAUAUACUGGCCUGCCCACUGUUUCUGUGAGAGUUUACAGUCCAGACUCACUCCAGGGCAAAUGUUAGAGCAUCUAAGAAUUGGGUCUAAGAAAAGACGAGUAGAUCAGAUCUCUGCAGUCCAGUGCCCUGGAGACAGCCUUUUUGAAUCAGAUAUACAGCUCAGAGCAGCCAAAAAACUACUUCUAGCCUAUGCCUGCACGUAAACCAGCUUCUGGAAUCCACCAAGCAGCAGGAAACACAAGCUAUCCCCACCCUGGUGCCAGUGCCUGUACCGUGACUGUCUGGCCCUGGGAGAUUACCCAUGGUAGUAAGCACCAUUCCAGUAUUGUUUGUAGGAUCAAGCACCCUACCGGUAACACCUAUACCCCAUAAGUGACACUUACCGUGUCUCUUGACGUAACCCCUUCUGUUCCCAGACUGUCCAGUAACACAACAUUGGUACUCUCUUCCUUCUCUGCUUCAUGGUUAGCAUAGCCACAAUAUUAUAAGGAUCUGUUUUCACUAUUAAGAUACACAAUACUAAAAGUUACAUUCAUAAUGCACGUGCUUAUUUAUUUUUUUCUUGUUUACUUUCCUACCUAUUUUUACUUCUGUUUUUCACAACAUCUAUCGUCAUUUUAUUUCUUUCCUCAUGUUCAUGGUAUAUAUCUGAA